AUAACUAAUCUAACAGGUGGUUUUUUGCAAACAAUAUUUUAUUUACGGCAGCGCAAGCACUGACUUGCUUUAUUCGCAGCUCAAAUAAUGCUCAAUAAGAAAAGUUAAUUUCAUUGAUUAAUGUGUAAAAUACGUGUGCGGUGCGUAACAUAAAGUGUUGUGUAUGUGUGUCUCCCCCUUUAACCCACUUGCAAAAAUUGCACUGUUGUUGUGUUUAGUGCAAAAAAACGCAGCGAGCGUUUAAUUCAUAAUCAAAUGAAUUACAUUUGAUUUGGCCAAAAAGAAAUAUAUAUAUUUUUGUUAAAUAAAAUUCGUAUACGUAAUGCGCGCAGCUCUUUAACCUACAUAACGUGAAGAAAUGUCGGAAUCAAUUAAAACAAACAAAGGCACUGAAGAAGGCGGCGCAGCCGGCACAGCGGACGCGACGGCAGAGGACGCGGCUGCGGCGUCUGCGUCAUCAACGAUUGGAGCACUAGUCGGGGAACUGGAAUCGGAGGAUCCACUAUGCCUGGAAUAUGCCACGUUGCAUGCAUUGCCGUUGCAUCUACGUCAGCUGCUCACCUCGUACAAAGGACGCACUGCAUCCUCCGUGGAACUGUUGACGCUGCUCAUCUAUGCACUGGCUUUGGAGUGUGGCUAUGUGGAGAAGCACAUCUAUGAGGAGCAACGUGAUGCACUAAAGCCGGUGCCAGCAAUUGGCAGCUUUCACAUCUACAAUGUGCGACUCCUAAGCCAACACUUACCCAAGCUGCAAAGGGUCAACGAAGCGACGCCUUUGCGUCUGGAACUACGCACGCUGGUAGAGGAGAAGGAGAAAGAGGAGGAUAAUACUUUACUGUCUCAUCUGAUGAUCACAGCGUUGGGUGAUUUGCUGAUCGUCACCUUGGGGCCUGUGCCACCCAUUAUUGAUUGUGGCUACAGCAUUUGCCUGACGGUGGGACGUUAUGUGCUCAAUGUGCAGCUGGAACCGCAUCAGCUGCGUUUUCGCAAACUGGAUGAACUGACGUUGCAGCUGCGCGAGAAACUCUUUCAACCGAUGAGAGCGCAGCAAUUGCUGAGACUGAAACUCUAUCGACAUCCGACUUUAUUGGGACUGCCCGAGGAGUUGUAUAGUCAAAUCUUUCGACAUUUGAAUGAAAAUCAAUUGAAUAUUGUUGCCAAUGUUAAUCGACAGCUUUGUGGCUAUCGCCAAGAGUUCAACUCGCGGCAUUCGAAUGAAUCUUCUUAGCUUAAGAUACGUUGUAGAAAUAAAGUUGCGCUGUACUUAUGUAUAC